AUGAGAUGGCGACUGGCUGGUGGGAUGGGUCUACCGCUUGCAGCGACCAUUUUAAUCAUGCUCCCUCUCUUCACAUCAUCUACUGGUGACAUACGGCAUCACGGGACCUCCAGAGGCAGAGUGUGGCGCGGCGGUGUUCAACCUUCUGCUGAUGUGACAGCGAACAACUCCGUUAGCAAUGUGACAGCGCAAUUAGGUGGCACGGCGUACCUGCACUGUCUUGUUGGGCAUCUGAGUGAGAGAGGACAAGUCUCAUGGAUAAGGAAACGGGACUGGCACAUAUUGAGUUCGGGCAAGUUCACGUAUACCAACGAUGAAAGAUUUCAGGUCUUACAUGGAGAAGGUUCAGAAGAUUGGACACUCCAAAUCAAGUUUGUUCAGAAAAGAGACAACGGCACAUAUGAGUGUCAGGUAUCAACCCGGACAGGAAUAGUGUCACACUACGUGCGCCUACAAAUAGUGAUCCCAGAAGCUUUCAUUUUGGGCUCCGGAGAGCAUCAUGUUGAUCUCGGCAGUGUUAUACAUCUUAUAUGUAUAGUCGAAAAGAGUCCGACUCCGCCACAGUAUGUGUUUUGGUAUCACAACGAUCGUAUGAUCAACUACGAUGCUACGCGUGGUGGUAUCACAGUGGAAACAGAGCCGGGGGCCCGUACGCAGUCCAGGCUGACGGUACGAGGUGCCACGCUGAAAGAUUCAGGAAAUUAUACGUGCAGCGCGAGCAAUACUGAACCAGCGUCGAUACAUGUUUUCGUGUCUGAGGGCAGUAACAAAAUGGCCGCAAUACUACGACGUAACACCAGCGCGAUACACGGCAUCACUUCCAGCGGCACCUGCCUCCUGCUUCUAGCAUCCGCGUUGACGCACUUCGGUCUGCGAUGACGAUGAACCGCGUAGUUAAGGCUGUAAUGGCUGAUUAGGAUAGUCUACUUGGUAGUUACUGGUAAAUUAUGAUGAUUAUUAGUUUAUCAACUAUUUUGUAUGGGACUGUACUUAAAAUAGGGAAAAAACAGUAAUUCCUAUAGUUUAUUCAGAUGGUAAAAGGUGGCGAGUGUACUUAAAAAAAGGAAAACUAGUUAACGAGUUAUUCCUAUAGUUAUGCAGGUAGAAACGGGCGGCAGUCAUUAGUAUGUGUACUGCACAUUUUUUGACCGUAUGGUAUAAAAAGGGUACACCUUUCUAACAAUAAGUAUGGUAUAGGUCGCA